UUCCCCGGAGCGCGCGUGACCUGAGUUGUGCGUUACUUGUUUUGGUAAUUUGCAGAUGAGAAAUACAAAUCAGUAACUACCAGCAAACUUUCGUACUAUACUAUAACCUUACUCAGCAUCUUCCUUUUCUCUCCAACUGACCUCCAGCUAUGACUGAACGCAAAGUUCUAAAUAAAUAUUUUCCUCCAGACUAUGAUCCUUCAAAAAUACCUCGUCUUCGAAGAGGUGACCGACGUAAACAAUUCAAUAUUCGUACAAUGGCUCCUUUCAAUAUGAGAUGUAAUACAUGCAAUGGAUAUAUUUAUAAAGCGAAAAAAUUUAAUUCAAGAAUGGAAACAGCCGAGAAUGUCGAUUAUUUAGGCCUGAGACAUUAUCGUUUCUAUAUACGUUGUCCUUUAUGCUGUGCUGAGAUUAUUUGGCGCACAGAUUUAGAAAGUGGUGAUUAUGUUCUCGAAAGUGGUGCAAAACGCAAUUUUGAAGCAUUAAAAACAGCUGAAGAAUUAGAAGCGAAAAGACAAGCUGAAGAAGAGGAGGAACUUGCUAAUAAUCCAAUGAAAUUGCUGGAAAAAAGAACAGAUCAAAGCAAACAAGAAAUGGAAAUGGUUGAAGUGAUUGAAGAUCUGAAACAAUUAAAUCAACGUCAAGCAACAAUGGAAGCAGAUCAUGUACUGCUGAGAAAAAUGUGGCAAGAAGAAGAAGCACUUAAAGAGGCUGAAAAUGAAGCAGAUGAAGCCUUGAUAAAAGAAUUACUUGCAUCAAAAGCAGAACAAGUGCAUACAUUACCAGUGGAAGCUGAAACCAGUCAACCGAUGAAAGUGAAUAAAGUAUCAAAUUUGAAAGAACUUAUGAACUCUACUAAAAAAGGACCAGUUGAUAGCGGCAAAUCCUACUUGAAGAGACAACUUCAAGGUGUUCUGGUCGUGCCAAAGCAACAACAACAACAACAGACAGAAGGGAAGAAAGCGAAAAUCGAUACUUUAUCCAGUGACUCUGUUGUAUCAAGUAGCAAAGAUACUUCAAGCAGUUUAGUCAACAAUCCGCUAAAGAAUGACAAGUCGGCAAAAGAUGUAGUCACCGAUGAACCCGCUUCUUCUUGUACAAAUGACAACGAUGCCCACCAGGUGUGUUCAGCUUUACCUGGAAUGGUGUAUUCAGACCACAGUGAUAGUGAUUAAAGUAACAUUUUAAAGAAAAUGUAAAUACAGCGCUUAUUUUAUUAUUAUUUUACACAGUGUUUUGAAAUAAAUUGUAUAAUAGACCUCACUGAAUGUGA